AAGCAGCCGCUGCUGCCCAGCUUCGACCUGGCGGGCGUGGCGCAGCUAAUCCAGGGGGGCCGGGCCAAGCGCAUCAUCUGCAUGUGUGGCGCCGGCAUCUCGCGCCGCAGCUGCCGCAUCCCCGACUUCCGCAGCCCCGGCACCGGCCUCUAUUCGCAGCUAGCCAAGUAUAAGCUGCCUUACCCGCACGCCGUGUUUGAGCUGGGCUACUUUCGCAGCAACCCGCGCCCUUUCUUCCUGCUGGCCAAGGAGCUGUUCCCCGGCAACUACCUGCCCACCCCCACCCACUUCUUCAUGAAGCUGCUCCACGACAAGGGCCUGCUGCUGCGCUGCUUCACGCAGGCACGCGCGCACGCUGCGGAGGCCUGGGCAGCAAACAUCGACUCUCUGGAGCAUCAGGCGGGCCUGCCCGCCGAGGCGGUGGUGGCGGCGCACGGCAACUUUGACAGCGCGCGCUGCAUCAAGUGCAGGCGCCCGCACGACACGCAACACGUGCGGCAAGCGGUGUUUGCCGGGGACGGCAACCCGUGUUACUGCAGCUGCGGCGGGCUGGUCAAGCCCGAUAUUGUGUUCUUUGGCGAGAGCCUGCCCGAGCGGUUCUGGGAGCGCGUGCCGCUCGACUUCUCUGCGGCCGACCUGCUCAUCGUGCUGGGCACCAGCCUGGUGGUGCACCCCUUUGCGGGGCUGAUAGACCACGUGGGGCCCCAGGUGCCCCGCCUGCUGGUGAACCGCGAGGUGGCGGGCGAGGCCGCCGGCGGCACGCUGCCCGUCGGCCUGCGCCAGGGCUUCAACUUCGGGGCCGGCAACUACCGGGAUGCUCUGUACCUGGGAGACUGCGACGCCGGGGUGCGCCAGCUGUGCCAGCUGCUGGGCUGGGAGGCGGAGCUGGAUGCGCUCAUUGCAGACGGCAGGCAGCACUUCCACCCGCCGCCACACACGCCCGCGGGCGAGGCGGGCGAGGCGGCGGCGUAGCUGGCACAGCCCUGCCCUGAGCAUCCUCCCUGAGCAUCCUCCCUCCCUGCCCUGAGCAUCCUCCCUGCCCUGCCGUGGUGCGUUCAAGUCACUGGUUGCAUCAAGGGGGCGCCUGCAACACACGCCUGCUGGCAGCCAGGGAUCGAUCGCGCGCGGUAAUCGGGCGUGGGAGGCAGCAAAAUAUGGCUGGCCAAAGUUCAUGCGCCCGAUUGGGAGGGGUGCCUUCACGACAAAGGCACUCAGCAAGCAAGCACAGCAAGGCGAACAAGGCAGGAAGGGGGGCGGCCGUCACUUGGUUGGGCCAUGCCGGUAAGGGACAGAGUGCACGCUCUGGGGCGCAGCGUGAAGGGCUGGCCCGUUCCGGAGCACACAAAAGAUUGGAUGAUUGGGGGCACAGGGAAAACGACAGGAUAGCGGAUGGGUGUUGGAAUGCCUUUGGCAGAAGAGAGGGAGGGCAUCAUCACGACGGCGCCCGCCUGUCAGCAGCUGCUGAUGCAGGCAGGGCACGGUUCACUGGGCGGCUAGGCACGGGGAGGGAUAAGCCGGCUUCUUUGGGGCGGGAUCGAGAAGGGGUGUGGGUUUGUGUGUCGCGCAAGGGAAGCAGGGCAAGAGCUAACGGGGGGCUCCCGCCUCACAGGUUCAGGCAUGGGGAGCAUUUCCGGUACGGCGCGCCGGGUAUCCCGGGCGCGUGACGCAAAAGUGGGGAGGGAAGGGAAAAGAUGAGGGGUAUAGCGGUGGCAAUAGAGUGGCAAUUCGCGGUGUGGCCUGGCGUGGCGCCUGAAUGCAGGAGGGCCCCAAGCACGAGGCCAGCCCGCCAGCAGCCUCACGCCUGCGCCGGCACGGGCGCGGGCGC